GGCUUCCUCGUGUUGUGCGCCAGGGGAACAGUAGGCCAUGGAGGAGGAGGAGGAAGAAGAAAUAGACGGAGGAGGAGGAGAAGGAGGAGCUCAGGAGGAGGAGGAGGAGGAGGAGGAGGAGGAGGGGCGGGAGGAACAUGAGGAACAAGAGAAAAGAGGUGGAGCAGGAACAAGCGCGAUGAGAGUUGAAGGCCGCCGAUCGGAAAUGGGGAGACUGCCUCACGAUGAGGUAGCCGUAACUGUUAGGACGGGGCCACCUGUCGGUGCCUCUCCUAAAGGCAGUGGCACACCUCCAGCGCGAUUCGCCCAAGGUGACUUCGAUGACAAAACUGCGUACACUCUGACAUUUCAGAACCUGACGUACAAGGUGACCGUGAAGCAGAGCAGCGGCGAUGGCGGCAAGACACAUAGGGAGUUGUUGAAGAACAUCAGCGGCGAGGCUCGUCAUGGGGAAAUCUUGGCCAUCGUGGGUCCAUCGGGAGCGGGGAAGUCCACACUCCUCGAUGCGCUUGCUGGUCGGAUCACGGCCUCAAGUCUGGAGGGCGUUAUUCUGGCCAAUGGCAAGCCUGUGGACGGCAAGCAGUUCCGCAAGCUCUCGGGGUACGUUAUGCAAGAUGAUGCCCUGUUUCCGCAUCUCACAGUGAAAGAGACGUUGAUGUUCAGCGCUCGUCUCCGGCUUCCUGGGGACAUGCCGAUGGACGUGAAAGCGGCGCGCGUCGACAUGCUUAUCGCGACGUUGGGUCUUCGUGAAUGUGCGGACACACGGAUAGGCAACGAGCAAGUCCGAGGGGUGUCGGGGGGAGAGAGGAGGCGGGUCUCCAUCGGUGUGGAUCUGAUCCACGACCCCGCCGUUCUAUUCCUGGACGAGCCGACGUCCGGACUGGACAGCACCUCGUCGCUGAACGUGGUCCAGAACUUGUACCAGAUUGCGACCAAUCGCCGGCGCACCAUCGUGAUGACCAUUCAUCAGCCUAGCUUCCGCAUUCUGGAGCUUAUCCAUAAGAUCAUGAUCUUGUCACGUGGCUCCUUGGUGUACAGCGGUACUUAUCCUAACCUGUCGAUCUUUCUGACCGACUACGGCAGACGCGUUCCCGACCAUGUCAAUGUGCUGGAGUUCGCUCUGGACGUGAUCGAGGAGCUGCAGGAGUCGCCGCAGGGUGUUGCUGCCCUCGCCGACUUCAACUCUACCUCCUCUACUACCGGAUGGUCCAGAUCCCAAUCCAAGCUGCAGCCUUCAUUGUCCGGACUGAGCAAUAAUAUCGCACAGCUGGUGGCGGAGGCUGCAGACUUCGCCACCAGUCCAUUCACGGAGACGUCGACUCUCUGCCACCGCAACGUCAUAAACAUAGUUCGAACGCGGGAGUUGUUCGUGUCUUCCCUCGGAUUGAUGAUCAUCACUGGAAUAAUCCUGGGCUCCCUUUUCUAUGGCGUGCACAAGGACGACAGUGGUAAACUCCACAGGAGCGCCGUCUUUGCCUUCGCCUGUGCCGUUCCGUUGUUCAGCGCCAUCCACGCCCUGCCCAUCUUCUUGCUGGAAAGGAACAUCUUCAUGCGCGAGACGAGCCGAGGAGCUUAUCGCACGUCUUCCUAUGUCGUCGCCAACGCUCUGGUCUUCCUCCCCUUCUUCUUCAUCCAGGCCUUGUUGUUUACGCUCGUUUCGUACUUCUUGGUCGGUCUUGUUCGUGUUGCUUCUGCGUUUUUCCUCUUUGCCACGACCAUCUUCCUGACCAUCACCGUCGGCAACACGUUCGUCACAUCCUUGGGGUCUCUGGUGCCCAACUUCAUCGCCGGGAACACCAUCAUCACUGCCAUCACCGGCUUCAUGUUCCUCUUCUCCGGCUUCUUCGUACCGAAGGAUGAUAUUCCCGAGUACUGGAUCUGGUUCCACUACAUCUCCACGUUCAAGUACCCGGUAGAAUUGCUGCAGAAGAUCGAAUACAGUCACAUAAAAAAAUGGGAGAACGCUCAGUCUGAGAACGGAACCUACGUUCACAACCGUUACGACGAAGGGCAAAAAAACGUGACCUCUGGCAGCGACGUCGCCCGGCAACUGGGGUUUGGGGGGGUGAGUAUCAGAGGCAACCUUGCCGUGCUUGUAGCGAUGGUGGUUGUGUAUAGGAUCGUCUUCUGCGUUGGUCUUCGUGUGAGGAGCUCCAACAUGCGCAAGUAGUAGAGUGUCAGGACUCAGCAGCUUCAAUUCCUCCUUGUUCGUUCGUUUUUUUUUUUUUUUUUUAAUUAUUAUUAUUAUUAACUAAGCUAUAUUCUUCUCUCAAUUUCACCUUUCAGGCUUUGACUAUCUACCUACCACUACUCCAAAGACUGUAGAGUCAGUGUAGACAGGGGACCCCUGCAAGCAUAGCUACCUCUCAGUGGCUCUCACAAUUAAGGGAAUGGCAUUGUCUUUCCCCCCGCACCCACCCCUCUUCCCUAAUCGGCGGUGUUCAGGGAGUAGGGUGGGCCCGCCGGUGGGGGGACCCGGGGGACGGGCUAACGCAAAGACCCAGCAUUUUGCCAG